UCUCGCGUUUUGCGUCUGGUGUUUUAGCUUUUGGUUGGUAUAAGUGUAUUUUCAAGAUAUUUUUCGUUGACGAAAAAUCUUUCCCACGCCCCACACCUAGUCCUUAAAGUUGGAGAAUGGGAGGAGCCAUCAAUUUGAGCCACCCCUACCAAUGUCCAGACUGGCACCAUUUUGCGGAAUGAAUUUCGAUACUUUCGUUUUCAUGAAAACAGGCUACACUAACGAUUCUAUUGCGGAUUUAAGCGCUGCAGUCCUUUGGCAGAUUUUGAUUGUCAUGCAGAAUAUGAGUUGUACUAGAGAUGAACCUCCCGAAACAGAACUGGAAGAACUGGAAUGCCACUUCACGUGGGAUUUGAAAAAAGAAGAUACAAACAUCACUGAUCAUUUAACAAGACUGGAGCAGCAUCGUGACUUAUAUCUGGGUCAGAAGUCAGGGACCGCACACACGCACAACUCUUUGGCAUACGUCAAAUAUCUUUUGGGUUCUUAUGAAGAAGCCCUUACAAAUUUACAGAAGUCUGAGGAGAUCACUAAAGAUUGUUAUGGGGACAACUGCGAUGAGAGACUCAUUGUUACUUAUGGAAAUUUCGCUUGGUUACACUUUCACAUGAAACAGUAUGCUGAAUGCAAAAGUUAUCUGGACAAGUUGAAGAAGAUCAGAGAACAAAAGCCACCAACUUCUGUUCUUUAUACUGAGGUAGUUGGUGAGAAAGCCUGGGCCUUGUUUAAAUUUUCACGAAAAUAUUAUGACAGAGCUAUAGAGUGUUUCAGAAAGGUGUUAGAGCUAGAGCCUGAAAGAGGUGAGUGGAAUACUGGUUAUGCCAUUGUACUAUAUAGAACAGAAACUAAAUGCACUAGUCCAGAAGAUUCAUCUGCAAUUCAACAACUCAGACGGGCGAUAGAAACAAACCCAGAUAAUGAUGAAAUAAAGCUUCUUUUAGCUCUGAAACUUGCUGAGUUCAAGCUCUUUGAUGAAGCAGAGGAUUUGGUGGAAAAGGCUCUUGAUAAGUCCCCAGAUAGCCCACAUGUGAUUCGAUAUGUGGGGAAAUUCCUGAGAAACUAUGGAAAAAGUGUAGACAGGUCAAUUGGCCUGUUGAAAAGAGCAUUAGAUGUUACUCCAAAUUCUGCAUUUAUACACCACCAGUUAGCUCUGUGCUACAAAAAGGAAAAAGAACAAUUCAGGGAACCUACUGAGAGUCAGAGACUUCGUCAUUUGAGCAUCUCUCAUUUUGAAAAAGCCGUCACUCUGAAGGCUGGCUUCAUUGUUGCGAUGGCUCAGCUAGCAGCUCUCUAUGGUGAGGAUGGACAAAUCGAUAGGGCUGAUGAGAUGUUUCAGACAGCCUUGUUUUCAGCGAAGGAGAAAAAUGAGGGACUACAAAGUCUUUAUUUGUAUUAUGGUGAGUUUCAGCAGUAUAGAAAAAGAUGUCAACAACUGGCAAUUAAAUACUACAAGGAUUGUUUGAUGAUGGGACCUGAUACACGAGAUGGAAAGAAAGGUGCUAAGAAUCUGACAAAGAUUGCUAACAAGCGUUUAUCUUAUAACACAAAUGAUACAAGUGCUUUAGGGAUACAAGAAUUCAUUGAGCAGGUUACAAGUGGUUACCAGUCCACUGCAGAGGACUGUGAGCAUCUUCUGGAAUCUACUUGCAAUGAGAAAUAGUACAAAAUGUAUAUUGUUUAUAUGCUAAAUGCACAAUCUUUAUUGGGCUAAACAUUACGUAUUACACAAACUGUGAUAUAGUUCAUAUUUUCAUAAGCUGUAAAGAUGCGACAUACAUUUCUAACUAAUUAAUUUUCACAAAAACAAAAUUGUUAUUGCAGUUAUCUUUUAUUCACAUGCCACAUUUCUUAAACUUUGGAUCAACACUGCCCUCUACUUGUUUGAAAAUGAAUCUAUAUGGGAUUUCAAUGAGAUUUAUAUUGCAAUUGUUACUUAUGUAAUUGUUCAGACAUGUUAAAAAAUAAUUUACAAAUGAAUCAUUAUACCGGACCUUAUUAUAAAAUCCGUUUGAAACAAUAUUCAAUUUGUAACUCUUCCUCUUAAUAACAUGUCCAAGUUAUACUGUAGAUGUUUUUAGAAGCUAUAGAAGUCUGAAAAACUUCACAAAAGGGUGGUCGAUCUAUGGGAGCAUGUCUGAGACGGGCCUAAGAAUGUCCAUAAGAGUAAAUGUAGAAAUUAGAUAAUAUUUUAUGCAUUUUAAUCAAGAUCAGAAAAGGGGUCAACUUGUUAAUGUGUAAUAUUCAAUUAUGUUUGUAUUUUCUGUUACGUGUUAGUUUCUGUUAUGUUGGUUAUGUUUUUAUAUUAUGGAGAAGUCUAAGUAUAGUAUUAAAAUGCUUAUUUAGGACUCUUGAAUGCUGCUUUAUAGGACAUUUCAUUGGAAUUACUAGAACCAAUUUCGUGCUGGAAGCUAACAACGCUGGAAAAAUAUUUGUUUAUUAUCUACAACUGAAAUGAUUUUAGCAGAAGUUACACUUAAUUUCUUUCAAGAAAAUCUGAAAUCUGAACUUUUAUGUGUAUCAUUUGUUG